UAACUAAAUUCAAAUUUUCAGAAUUGAAUAAGAUUAAAAAUGGGUCAAGGUGGACAGGAAGCGAAAGAACAGGAAGCAGAUGUAGCCGCUGAAAACAUGCAGAAGGCAGAAGAUGUAAAGUUGGUUGUUAAAAAAUCCAAGAUGGAGGAUCCCGGGGCCCCGCCACCCCCACCAGAUGGCGGCUGGGGGUGGGUCGUCGUUGCAGCGAGUUUUCUUUGUAACAUGGUUUUGGACGGUAUAGCGUACAGUUUUGGAAUCCUCCUAACUCCUCUCAUGCUACAUUUUGGAGAGGGCAAAGGACUUGUUUCAUUGGUUGGAAGCGUACUGGCUGGUGUUAUAAUGUUGGUUGGGCCAGUUGCUUCAUUUCUAGUAAAUAAAUAUGGUCCAAGGUUAGUCCCUUUCCAAACACCAAACACAAAUACUUGUUCUAUGGCAAGAGGGUUUGGUUUGGGCAUGAUGUAUGUCCCGGCAGUGGUGGCUGUAGGAUACUGGUUUGAGAAAAGACGAUCUUUAGUUACAGGUAUUUCUACCUGUGGAUCAGGAGCUGGAACUAUCGUCUUUGCUCCUCUCGUAACAGCGCUAGAAGGAAGUUUUGGUUGGACGGGAUGCAACAGGAUACUAGCUGGGCUUUGCCUUAUGUGUGUUUUGUUUGGAGCAACAAUGAAACCUGUUCCACGUAAACCUGCGGAUGAAGAGGAUGAUGAUUCUAUCACAGAACUCAAGAAGGAAAACAAAAUGAAGGAACUUGGACCGUAUGCAGAGGAAGAAAUUGCUUUCAUGGAUGGAAAUAACGAGACUAAGGUACUGGCGGAACCAGUAGAGGCAGUUGUACAAACACAGUCUAAACCUAAAAGUGGAAUAAAGACCCUGAUGACCAAUCCUGCUUUCAUGAUGAUUAUGGUAGCAAACCUGCCCGCGGUCAUGGGGCUAUACAUUCCUUACAUGUUCCUUCCAUCAGUAAGCGCAGUAACUGAUCACCCGAAGAUAGAUGCUCUCCUUGUAACUUGCUUUGCUCUCUUCUUUGGUAAGGAAUGGGACAGUUGUUACUGUCAGAUCCAUAAACAUGUGGAAUAG